GUUGGAGGCUGUUUGGGACAGCAGUCGGUGCUGGAGGGAGUGAGAGACAAGAGGUGUGCCUUCCGCAGGGAAAAGACGCUUUGUGGCUUCUGUCCGGCACCCCUCAGUAAUGCUGAGCCUUUAAACCUAAGCUUGCGGCUAUGAGGAUUAACCAAAAUACUGUAUUACGGGGGAAGAGAGUGGCUUUGGUACCGUACACGUCUGCUCAUGUACCAAGAUACCAUGAGUGGAUGAAAUCAGAAGAGCUACAGCGCCUGACUGCAUCUGAGCCACUAAGCCUGGAACAGGAAUACGAGAUGCAGUGCAACUGGCAAGAAGAUACAGACAAAUGCACAUUUAUAAUACUUGAUACAGAGAAGUGGUCCAGGCAGUCAGCCACAGAGGAAGACUGUAUGGUGGGAGAUGUAAAUUUGUUCCUCACUGAUUCUGAAGAUCCAACACUGGGAGAGAUUGAAGUCAUGAUUGGAGAGGUCAGCUACCGUGGCAGAGGUUUUGGUAAGGAAGCCACUCAGAUCAUGAUGUCCUAUGGAAUGACACGGCUGGGACUCAUCACCUUUGAGGCUAAAAUAGGAUUAGAAAACAAAGCCAGUAUCAGGAUGUUUGAAAAGCUUCAUUUUAAGGAGGUGGGAGUAAACAGUGUCUUCCAAGAAGUUACUCUCAGACUAAGGGUGGAUGAACAAGAGAGAGAAUGGUUGCUUGAGGAAACCAGCCAUGUGGAUGAAAAAAAUUACAAUGACAUGAAACUGCAGAAUUGGGCUUGUAAUAGCUGACAGCAUUUCUGGAUGCAUGGGCUUCCUAACUCUCCCCCAAGACUGGAUUUCAAAGCAUCAGUGACAACCGAAAACACUAUGAGACUGUACUGGAUCAGAAUUUAAACUGUUCUUCUUCUACUGUCCAUACCCCCAAAGUCCAAUUUCAUUGCAAUGAAUUACUUCUUAGUUCAUAGUUAAUAAAUAAAACUGAAUACAUUCAACAUUUGUUUACAGUGUGAACACCAUAUUACAUUGUAUUAUGUGGCUCCCUUAGGCUUCAACCCUCUCGCCAUGCAUGAAAACUAUGCUUAAAGUACAUCAGUUUGUGUUUGUACACGCACCUAAUCAAAACAAAA